CCUCCACGCGCCUUGCAGCAAGAGCCCCUCCCUCCGCUUCGCCGCCCGGGACUGCCGGCGGGAGACAUUCCGGGAGGGGGCGGGCCGAACUGGGCCUGGUGCACGUGGGGGAGGCGGGCCGGGAAGAGGCGGGAAGUAGCAGCGGAGGCGCCAUGGAGCCGGGCAAGGCAACAACAACCAAUGACUGCCAGUGGACAUCUCUGCCCCAAAGCAAGACUUUGGCCAAGGAAGUGAAAAUAGCCCUCACUCCCGCGAGAGAGAUGAGCAGCCGCUUGCGCCAGAAGGCCUUGCUGGAGGCCUUUGCCUACUGUGCCAGGAAGUCCAUGGAAGAGCCCGGAGCCCCCAAGGCUUCCAGCCCCCAAGCCCCAGCCGCCCUCUCCCCCCCAGCCUCUCCCACCCCAGCCGCAGAAGGGUGUCCCCAUCAGUCUUGGGCCAGCGAUGAUGCCAGGGCACCUGAGGAUGGAGAGGAUGAGGCCCCCUCAGAUGUGGAGGCUGAGUCGACACCACUUUCGGCUUAUGAGAGAAAGAGGCUGAAGAAUGUCAAAGAAAAUGCUGAAUUCUUUGCUUCUUUAAAGCUCUUUGAAUCUGCAGCAGAACUUCGGAAAAGAGCAACUAGAGCUCAGCCUCAGGGAAUAAAAAGGGUUAAGCAUACAAAGGUGGAAGCGGAACCGCCCCUCCGAAGGUCCAAGCGCUUGCAACGAGUCGAUCCUCUGGGCUUUCCUCUUCCGGAGAAAGAAAUCCCGGCAGAACCUUCAGUUGAAGAGCAGCAUCCCCGUUUGCCCCCCGGUCCCAUUCAGAUGAUACUUCCCACCGAGGAGGACAAGCCGGAAUUAACAGAAGAAUUUCUGAGCGGAUGGGCAAAGAUAAGCCAGGUCAAGCGCGAGAAGACGGAGAUGUCUCUGCCUAACUUGGAGAGUUACAAAGCUGGUCUGCGUGGCAUGAGCCUGCAAGAAGACGCAGUCGCCAAAGUGGUCCACAGCCGCAUUUACUCCGUGGCCGUCCAUCCGUCGGAAAGCAGCACUUUAGUGGCAGCUGGAGACAAGGAGGGACAAUUGGGGCUGUGGAAUUUGGAUUUCCCAUUAGAAGAUGGGGUGCACACCUUUCUUCCCCACAGCCGGCCAGUUAGCUGCCUGCGUUUUUCUCCAGCAAACCCAGCUCAUCUUCUGUCCCUCAGCAUCGAUGGCACAGUGCGAUGUGGAGAUGUCAUGCGCGCCGUCUUUGACGAGGUGCACAGGGAUGAAGAAAACGCUCUUUCCUCAUUUGACUUCCUGUCAGAUGAUGCCUCCACUUUGGUUGUGGGGAUGUGGGACACAGGGGUGGCCGUCGUGGACAGACGGACCCCAGGAAUGGCCCCGGAGCUUUCUGCACAUCUUAAUUCAGUGACGAGGACUGUCCAUGUCCACCCAGUCAACAGAGACUAUUUCAUUGCUGCGGGAGCAAGGACUGUCAGCAUCUAUGAUGUUCGGCAGCUGAAGAAGAGUGGCAGCCAGCCAGCGGUCUCCCUCAUGGGGCAUUCGAAGAGUGUGGCUUCAGCGUACUUUUCCCCCAUCACUGGCAACCGGGUGGUGACCACUUGCGCAGAUGAUACACUGAGGAUUUUUGGCACCAACUGUCUGUCCUCCAUGGCCCCCAUUCUGACCACUAUCCGGCAUGACAACAAGACGGGCCGCUGGUUGACAAGGUUCCGAGCAGAGUGGGACCCCAAGCGGGACGACUGCUUUGUGGUGGGGAGCAUGGCUCGGCCGAGACGGAUCCAGGUCUUCCACAGCAGCGGGGCCCUGGUCCAUUCUUUCGCCAGCGAAGACUACCUUGCCUCCGUGUGCUCCAUCAACGCCUCCCACCCAACCAGGUACAUCAUAGCUGGGGGCAACUCCAGUGGCCGCCUCCAUGUUUUCAAAAAGUGAAAAAGCUGUAUGUUGCCGGGAAAAAGCUUGCUUUUCAUCGUAAAGAACCAAGUUUGGUUUGCAUGCUUUUGUUUUGAUACCCACCCCCUGCCGCCGUUUUAAGACAAAGAAAUUUAUUUGGAAUAAAAUAUAUACUGUUCGGUCUUAAAA